AUGACCUCUGAACCCGGGAAUGUUCUCCAGACGCAGUUCCAGCUGAACCCGGGAGAUGUGCGUGUUUACGGUGCUGUUUUCUCUUUCUUCCCAGGCAACGAAGAUCGCUUACCACCGGCAGCGUCUUUUCGGAGGAAGCGGCUGGCACGGAGGCCGGGCUACAUGAGAAGCACAGCUGGGCCCCGGAUCGGGUUCCUCUCCCCGCCAGUGGGCGCCCUGUUCCGGGCCCAGGGAGGGGUGCGCAGUGAGGAGUCCCACCACGCUGAGUCCAGGGCCGGGCCGUGUGGCCUUGACCCUGGAGGCCAGUGGCGAGGUCCCUCGGUUGGGAUCCCCGUUCCCAGGAGCACAGCAGCCUCGGCUCUGACCUCCGUGGGCCACCGAGGCCUGGCUCUGGUGGCCGUGAGAGGAAGCCCAGGGCUCCGUGGGACUCAGCCCAGGGCUGGCACCACCCUGCCCAAGAGGCUCCCCAGGCCGUGUGGCCCCGGGGACGCCGGGUGUCCGGGGGAGCUGCCAUCCAUGGACAGUCACGAGGCCCCAAGCCCUCGCCAGGAAGCAGCCUGGACCAAAGGCUGUCUGUCCCCGGAGGAGUUGAGUGGCCCCAAGGCCCCCUCCCCCGCUGCCGGCUCUCAGGAUGUCUUCACGUCCAGCUUCAGUUUCAUUCGCCUCUCCCUGCGUUCCGCUGGGGAACGGGGAGAAGCAGAAGGCUGCCCGCCAUCCAGAGAGGUCGAGGCCCCGCGUCGGAGCCCCGAGGAGACGGAGGCCAAGGCUGCCAGCUUGGACGGAGCCCGCCAGCACCCUCGGGUCCUCCCCUCCCGCUUUGCUCUCAAGGCCCCUCAGGACCUGUCAGACGCUGCGCAGACCUCGGGGGGCGGCCCCAGGCUGGAGCGUGAGACGCUUCCCUUGUUGGACACGGACGCCACCUCCUCCCGCGCCCUGGACCCCUCGUGGUUUGAGGGCGGCAGCUCGGGGGAUGCUCUCCGUUGGGAACCUCUGCUUAGCAAAUGCGAGCUGGCACUGUUGCACUGCCUGCAGGGCCAGCAGAGGCGGCUGGAGGUAAAAUCCUUAAGAUUAACGCUUCAGAAACUUCAGGAAAAAGCGGUUGAGGAAGAUGAUUAUGAUAAGGCUGAGAUGAUCCAACAAAGAUUAGAAGCCCUGGAGAAAGAGAGAAGCAGCCUGCACUUUCAGCUCCCUUCACAGCAGCCGGCCGUCAGUGGCCUCCUGGGCCACCUGAGGGCACAGGCCCAGGCCACCCUGCACCGGGCGGCCCAGAGAGCUGUCAGUGACGGCGCCCAAGCCCAGCUCAGAACGGAGCCGAAGAUGUUGGAACCCACCGCUCAGGACAACAUGCUUGUGUCCAUCACCAGGCGAGACUGGCUUCUCCAAGAAAAGCAGCAGUUACAGAAAGAAAUCGAAGCCCUCCAAGCCAGGAUGUCUGUGCUGGAUGCAAAAGAUCAACAGCUGAGAAGGGAACUAGAAGAGCAGGAGUGGGUCCUCCCGUGGCAGGGCUGCGACCUCAUGGGAGGGCUGUCCCUGGGCGAGUUGCAGGAGGUCAGCAAGACCUUGCAGGACACCCUGGCCUUGGCCGAGCAGAUUCCCGUCCGUGCAGAGCCACCCCAAACCAUCAGGAGCCUCCAGGAAAGGAUAAAAUCCCUCAACUUGUCACUUAAGGAGAUCACUGCUAAGGUGUGUACGAGCGAAAGACUCUGCAGUGCCCUGAGGAAGAAAGUUAACGAUAUUGAAACCCAACUGCCGGCGUUGCUUGAAGCCAAAGUGCUUGCCGUCUCAGGAAACCAUUUCUGUACAGCCAAGGAGCUCACGGAGGAGAUUAGAUCGUUAACAUCCGAGAGGGAAGGGCUGGAGGGACUUCUCCACAACCUGUCGGUGCUGAGUUCCAGGAACGUCCAGAAAUUGGCAAGUGUCAAAGAAGAUUACAGCAGCCUCAGGAGAGAACUGGAUCAGGGGAGAACUGCCUAUGAAACCAGUGUGAAGGUGAAUACUAUGAAGUACCUGGAAAUGCUUGAGGAUAAACUGCACAGCUGCAAGUGUCCACUGCUUGGAAAAGUGUGGGAAGCUGACUUGGAAGCUUGUCGGUUGCUUAUCCAGAGCCUGCAGCUCAAGGAGGCCAGGGGCAGCCUGUUGGCAGAAGAUGAGAGACAGAUGGAUGACUUAGGGGGAGGUGCUUGUACAACAGCUCUGGCCAUCCCCCCGAGGCCCCACUCUGAAGAUGAGAGGAAGACCCCUUUGCAAGCAUUUGAAGAGUGGAAGGUGCACCUGACCCCUUCUCCUCACUGUGCUGGCAGUGAACAGAAAGAGGAAUCUCAAGUCCUUUCGGCAGAACUUGGAGAAAAAUGUGAAGCCAUUGGCAAGAAAUUAUUAUACUUAGAAGAUCAGCUUCACACUGCGAUCCAUAGUCACGAUGAAGAUCUCAUUCAGUCUCUCAAGAGGGAGCUCCAGAUGGUGAAGGAAACUCUGCAGGCCAUGAUCCUGCAGCUCCAACCAGCAAAGGAGGCGGGAGAGAGGGAGGCUGCAGCUUCCUGUGGGACAGCUGGUGUCCGGGAAGCACCGGCCUGA